GCCAAGUGCUCUAUCUUCUCUCCAUCACACACAUACUACAAAAAACUUGGAAGUCCAAAAAGAUGAAGCUUGCAACCCGAACCUUCCUUUGUGCCUUCUUCAUUGUUCUUGUUUUGCAUACACACCCAGCAACAUCUCAAGAAGUUGAGGAUGAGGAAGAAUUUAACUAUGAUGAGAAAAGUGAAAAUGGACCGUCUCGAUGGGGAGAGAUUCGACCCGAAUGGAGCAUGUGUGGACAUGGAACAAUGCAAUCUCCAAUUGAUUUGUUGAAUAAGAGGGUUGAAGUGGUGUCCCAUCUGGGGAGACUUAAGAGGAGUUACAAGCCUGCUUAUGCCACCCUUAAGAAUAGAGGUCAUGACAUAAUGCUGAAAUGGGAAGACGGUGCAGGAUACAUUCAAAUAAAUGAAACUCAAUAUGUACUCAAACAGUGCCACUGGCAUUCACCUUCUGAACAUACACUCGAUGGCCGGAAGUUUGAUCUUGAGGUGCAUUUGGUUCAUGAGAGCUCGGAUGGAAAAGUUGCUGUGAUUGGAAUCAUGUACAAGAUUGGACGUCCUGAUUCUUUCUUGUCAUCAUUGAUCGAUCAUUUAGAAGCCAUUGCCAACACCAAUGAAGCAGAGAGCGUGGCGGGAUUGAUUGACCCAAGGAAUAUAAAGAUAGGCAGUAGAAAGUAUUACAGAUAUCAAGGCUCUCUUACAAUUCCCCCUUGUACUCAAAAUGUUUCAUGGACCAUUGUGGGAAAGGUGAGGACUGUUACACAAGAACAAGUGAAGUUGCUUCGCGUGGCCGUUCAUGAUGCUUCAGAUACUAAUGCAAGACCACUGCAACCAAUAAACAAGCGCAUGGUGCAUCUUUAUAGACCAAGUGAUCCCAAAGACGAUUAAAAUCUUCAUCAACAGAGAGUUAGGCUGGAAAUAAUGGGCGAAUUUUCUUCAUCAACAGAGAUUUUUUACUUUUUUUACCCACUACCUUGUAAAUUUUAGUCACAGUCUAGGGUUCCCAGCCCACUUAUAGUUCAGAAGUAGGGAUAUAGUGAUGGUUAAAUAUAGGAAUUGGGUCUUGAAGCUUUGACGGGUACAUAUAGAUUACCCUGUUUUGUAUAUCUAAAUAAAUGAACUAAAUUUAUAGAUUCACAUU